AUGGGUCAUUAUGUUACUGUUGCAACUUGUAAUUUAAAUCAAUGGGCAUUAGAUUUUGAAGGUAAUAGAGAUAGAAUCCUCAAGAGUAUUAUUGAGUCUAAAAAACAAGGUGCAAAAUUAAGAGUUGGUCCUGAAUUAGAAAUUUGUGGUUAUGGAUGUUUAGAUCAUUUUGCAGAAAAUGAUUUAUAUCAACAUAGUUGGGAAAUUUAUGGAGAAAUUAUAUCAAAUCCUAUAACUCAUGAUAUUUUAUUAGAUAUUGGUAUACCAAUAAUUCAUAAAUCAAUUAAAUAUAAUUGUAGAAUUAUAUCAUAUAAUGGUAAAAUUUUAUUAAUUAGACCAAAAUUAUUUUUAGCAAAUGAUGGUAAUUAUAGAGAAAUGAGAUAUUUUACUCCUUGGAAUAGACCAAAAUAUUAUGAAGAUCAUAAUUUACCAAGACAUAUUACAAAAAUUACUGGUCAACAAAAAGUUAUAUUUGGUGAUUGUAUUAUAGAAACUCCUGAGACAAGAUUAGGUUGUGAAACUUGUGAAGAAUUGUUUACUCCUCAAUCUCCUCAUAUUGCAAUGAGUUUAGAUGGGGUUGAAAUUUUUACAAAUUCAAGUGGUUCACAUCAUGAAUUAAGAAAAUUAAAUACAAGAAUUAAAUUAAUUACUGAAGCAACUAAAAAAUGUGGUGGUGUUUAUUUAUAUGCAAAUCAAAAAGGUUGUGAUGGUGAUAGAUUAUAUUAUGAUGGUUGUGCAUUAAUUGUUGUAAAUGGUGAAGUAUUAGCUCAAGCUUCUCAAUUUUCUUUAAAUGAUGUUGAAGUUAUUAGUGCAACUAUAGAUUUAGAUGAUGUACGUUCAUAUAGAAAUCAAAAAUCUUCAGGUUUACAAGCUGUUGAUCAAAAGGAAACUUAUAAAGCAAUUUUUACUGAUGUUGAAUUAUCACCAACUGAAAAUAUUUAUGAUCCAACUAUUGCACCAACAAAACCAAGAAAAUUAAAAUAUCAUUCACCAGAAGAAGAAAUUGCUUAUGGUCCUGCCUGUUGGUUAUGGGAUUAUUUAAGAAGAUCUAAAUGUGGUGGUUAUUUCUUACCAUUAAGUGGUGGUAUUGAUUCUUGUGCAACUGCUGUUAUAGUUCAUUCAAUGUGUAGAUUAGUUGCUGAAUCAAAAGAAGAACAAGUGUUAAAAGAUAUAAGAGCUUUGACUCAUGAUCCGGAUUUCAAACCAAAUACACCACAAGAAAUUGCUCAAAAAAUUUUCUAUACUUCAUUUAUGGGUACAGAAAAUUCAUCAUCUGAAACUAGAUCAAGAGCUAAAAUUUUAGCAGAUAAAAUUGGUUCUUAUCAUGUUGAUUUAAAUAUGGAUAAUUUAGUAAGUGCAGUUAUAUCAUUAUUUCAAGUAGCUACUGGUAAAAAACCUGUUUUUAAAAUAUUUGGAGGUUCACAAACUGAAAAUUUAGCAUUACAAAACAUUCAAGCAAGAUUAAGAAUGGUUUUAAGUUAUUUAUUUGCUCAAUUAUUACCAUGGACAAGAGGUAAAACUGUCCCAGGUCUUUUGGUUUUAGGAAGUGCUAAUGUUGAUGAAUGUCUUCGAGGUUAUUUAACAAAAUAUGAUUGUUCUUCAGCAGAUAUAAACCCAAUUGGUGGAAUUUCUAAAACCGACUUAAAAAGAUUUAUUUCUUGGGCUGAAAUCCAUUUUGAAUUACCUAUAUUACAUGAAUUUAUUACUGCUACACCAACUGCAGAAUUAGAACCAAUUACAAAAGAUUAUGUUCAAAGUGAUGAAAUUGAUAUGGGUAUGACAUAUGAUGAAUUAUCAAGAUUUGGUACGUUAAGAAAAGUAGAUAAAUGUGGUCCUUUAGCUAUGUUUAUAAAAUUAUAUCAUGAAUGGUCUCAACCACCUUACAAUUUAACUGCAGAACAAGUUGCAGAGAAAGUUAAAAGAUUUUGGUUCUUUUAUGCUAUAAAUAGACAUAAAAUGACUACUAUGACACCAGCUUAUCAUGCUGAACAAUAUUCACCUGAUGAUAAUAGAUUUGAUUUAAGACCAUUUUUAAUUAAUCCAAGAUUCCCAUUUGCAAGUAAAAAAAUCGAUGAAAUGGUUGAAAAAAUUAAUGAGAGACAAAAAGAAAUCGAUGAAAGUAAUAAAAGUGUUGAAUAG